AUGGUGGAUGACGCCGGUGCCGCGGGAGGGGCAGGAGGAGCCGGUGGUGGUGGUAGUGGUCCUGGAGCUGCCAGAGGGGGCUUCCGGGGAGGCUUUGGCAGCGGCCUACGAGGCCGCGGACAGGGGCGCGGAAGAGGGCGUGGACGCGGCCGUGGUGCCCGUGGGAAAGCUGAAGAUAAAGAAUGGAUUCCAGUUACCAAGCUCGGCUGCCUGGUCAAGGACAUGAAAAUCAAGUCUCUGGAAGAGAUCUACCUCUUUUCCCUUCCAAUCAAGGAGUCGGAGAUCAUUGACUUUUUCUUGGCCUCUUCGCUGAAGGACGAAGUUCUGAAGAUCAUGCCUGUCCAGAAGCAAACCCGGGCCGGGCAGCGCACCCAGUUCAAGGCCUUCGUUGCCAUCGGAGACUACAAUGGCCACGCCGGUCUUGGCGUCAAAUGCUCCAAGGAAGUUGCCACUGCAAUUCGCGGGGCCAUCAUCUUGGCUAAGCUGUCCAUCGUGCCGGUGAGGCGUGGCUAUUGGGGUAACAAGAUUGGCAAGCCCCACACCGUGUCGUGCAAGGUGACGGGCCGCUGUGGGUCUGUCCUGGUGCGCCUCAUCCCUGCGCCACGCGGCACUGGAAUCGUGUCCACCCCAGUGCCCAAGAAACUGAUGAUGAUGGCUGGGAUCGAUGACUGCUAUACCUCUGCCAGGGGCUGUACCGCCAACCUGGGCAACUUUGCUAAGGCCACCUUCGAUGCCAUCUCCAAGACCUACAGUUACCUGACCCCCGACCUUUGGAAAGAGACAGUGUUCACCAAGUCUCCUUACCAGGAGUUCACUGACCAUCUGGCCAAGACCCAUGCCGCCAGAGUCUCUGUGCAAAGGACCCAGGCAGCCGCUGUGGCAACCACCUAAUGGCUUUUUUUGUACAAGAAAUAAAAAGU